GCACACGUCUUCUUGCGUUUGGGUGUUGGCUUGACUCACGGAAGGAUGUUAGAGACACUGGGCCAAUGAUACCUCACGGUUGGGGUUUAUAAUUUUUUUUACCGUCUAUGGUUUAUACCCAAGGUUAAAGGAGUAGUAUUUUAUUGUAAAUAGUUGUACAGGCUUGAUGUUUAUUUUUCGUCGUCUCGAAGGUGUCAGUUCCGAGGUCGCGGAGUGAAUUGCUUUGGGUGUCCGGAUACUAUAGGUCAUUGGCACUACAGUGAAGAGCUUCUCUGUGUGUCCGUGUGUGCUUGUUGUGUGUGUCUGAGUGUUUAGAGAAAUCAACAUGGUCCUUGCCCACCUAAAAGUAUUUGGAAAGCAGCUUCUGCGGGUGAAGGUGGUCGACUGCAGCACAGAAGAGUCUCGGCUUUCCCGAUGCCUCAACACCUUUGACCUGGUGGCACUCGGAGUGGGCAGCACGUUGGGCGCUGGCGUCUAUGUGCUGGCUGGGGCCGUGGCGCGGCAAAACGCCGGUCCCGCGAUCGUCCUGUCCUUUCUGAUUGCUGCAUUGGCCUCAGUCAUGGCAGGACUGUGUUACGCUGAGUUCGGAGCACGUGUACCCAGGACGGGCUCGGCGUAUCUGUACAGCUAUGUGACGGUGGGAGAGCUGUGGGCCUUCAUCACCGGCUGGAACCUCAUCCUCUCUUAUAUCAUAGGAACAUCCAGUGUUGCUCGAGCGUGGAGUGCGACCUUUGAUGAGCUUAUUGGGAAACAUAUCGAGGACUUCUGCAAGCUACACAUGAAUAUGAACGCCCCGGGAGUGCUAGCAGAGUAUCCGGACAUGUUUGCAGUGCUCAUCAUCCUCACGCUAACAGGUUUGUUGGCGUUUGGGGUGAAGGAGUCCGCUAUGGUCAAUAAGGUGUUCACCUGCAUCAAUGUUCUGGUGCUAAUGUUUGUGGUGGUGUCGGGUCUCAUCAAAGGAACCCUCAACAACUGGAACCUGGAUCCUAAAGAGAUCCUCAACCAAACUUCCUCCUCGAAUUCAUCCGAGCUGCUGCCAGAGAGUCUGGGUGUUGGUGGUUUCAUGCCGUUCGGCUUCUCUGGAGUCCUGUCUGGUGCUGCGACCUGUUUCUAUGCUUUUGUUGGCUUUGAUUGUAUUGCUACAACAGGCGAGGAGGUGAAGAAUCCUCAGAGGGCGAUACCCAUUGGCAUUGUAGCAUCACUUCUCAUCUGUUUUGUCGCUUACUUCGGCGUGUCUGCCGCCCUCACGUUGAUGAUGCCGUACUAUAUGCUGGAUAAGAACAGCCCUCUGCCCGUGGCUUUCAAAUUUGUGGGCUGGGAAGGAGCGACGUAUGCAGUAGCUGUUGGUUCACUUUGUGCUUUAUCCACCAGUCUGUUGGGCUCCAUGUUCCCAAUGCCCCGUGUAAUAUGGGCCAUGGCUGAAGAUGGGCUGCUCUUCAAGUUCUUGGCCAACAUCAAUGAAAAAUCCAAAACGCCCAUAAUGGCCACUAUAACUUCAGGCAUAGUGGCAGCGGUGAUGGCCUUCCUGUUUGAUCUGAAAGAUCUGGUUGAUCUCAUGUCCAUUGGCACUCUUCUGGCUUACACACUAGUUGCAGCCUGUGUCUUAGUUUUGAGGUACCAACCAGAGCAGCCCAGUGUGAACGUCCAUUAUCAGAUAGCCAGUUGUCAGGAGGAAACCGAGGCUGAUUCCAUCAACGAGAGCAGUGCUGGUUUCCUACCUGGAUCUCAAGAUCUCUGCACCCUCAGAAACCUUCUGUGCCCCCAAAACGAGGAGCCUUCUCGUCUCUCUGGCUUCACAGUCAACAUCUGCACGAGUGUAUUAGGUGUGCUGGUGUGUGUGUUCUGUGUCGUGGCGGUUCAGGGUGGAUUUCAGGUCUGGGCUCUUGCGGUUCUUGCGGUUCUGGCUGUAGUUUGCUUCAUCAUCACCAUGUUAAUAUGGAGGCAGCCUGAAAGCAAAACUAAGCUGUCUUUUAAGGUUCCUCUGCUGCCGUUCCUCCCUGUCCUCAGCAUGUUUGUUAACGUGUACCUGAUGAUGCAGCUGGACAGAGGCACCUGGUUGCGUUUCACCAUUUGGAUGGCCAUAGGUUUUGUUAUUUAUUUUGGCUAUGGGAUCUGGCACAGCACAGAGGCAGCGUUGGCCUGUAACGACACAGAAGACCCCGUCAAACCAGACGAACCGGACACACCUGAGAAAGAGGCUUUCCUGAACAACGCAGGGGAGAGCAGUGACCCUUGAGAAAGCACUUCAGAUACUCGCUAUACCGAUGUAUGUGACCUACGACAACAAAAACGUCCCAACACAAAGCUGCUAUUGACGUUCAAGAUGUUAUAGUAGGUCUAAAGCACCUUUGAGCAGCAUUUACAACAUGUGACGAAGUCUAUCACUUGAAUUGCAUUACUGUAAAAAGUGAAGUACGACAUUACUGAUUUUAAUAUGUGUGUAGGGCUCUGUCUGAUUGGUUAAUUUUUACCUAUUUAUUUUUGUAGCAUGUUGCUAUAAUGCGUUUUACCAGGGUCUUGAGAAAAACUCAUACAUAUAACAUUUUUACCGUGGUGUGCGUUUUGUAUGUUGAAUUCUAGGGAUGCACCGAUACAAAUUUUACUUGGUUAUUUUUUUUAAGCAAAUAACUGAAAAUUACACAGCUUCAAUUCAAUUUUAAAUUGACUCUUUAUAUAAGUUUUCACAUAUUUAUUUAGCUGACUUAAGGCGCGUCAAAUCGAUUUCUCAAUAUGAUGCUACAAAUCAAGCCAGUUGCUUCUUGGUCAUUGUACAAGUCUGUAACAGUCCAGUGCUGAUGUCUACUUGCACUGAAAAUGACUUUUAGCGGCCAAUACCAAUGAUUGAUCACACCUUUCAGACUUUUAUGAGACUGUUGCCAAGCUCUUAGGUGGGGAAAAAAGACCAAGUCUUGGAUCUGGGAAAAUCUCCAUUCUGAGGGAUUGUAAUGCUGGUUUGUUUGGUCCUUUAUUCAGCUGUUGUGUGCAUGUUUAUUCUCUAUUGGGCGAAAUAAUUUUGUACAGUAUUUUUGGACUUUUGUGUAUUUUACUUUGUCCAUGUUGUAGUCGUUGGAUUUGUACAAAAACAAAAACAAGCCAAAGAAUUGGUGAUUAUGAUUGUUUUUAUUAUGAAUAAUGGAUAUAAACUGUAUCUCGUUGACAUGCAAGAGAACAGAUUUGCAGAAACAUUUUCGUCACAGUACAUUUUCUGCAGUGUAUUGCAAUUUUUUAAUGUCAAAAAUUAAGGGAACUGUACAUUUUUGUAAAUAUUUGCUGUUUUUCUUGCAAUAAAUUAUUUUCUGGUUUGUAA